AUGACGGGCACACUAGAUGGCUGGUGGCACUUUACGAAUACUGGGAGACGUUCUAAUUAUCCCUUGCUUCCUAAACAAGCAUGGGAAAAUGUUAUCAAAGAAUCAGGUUUCGAUGAGUGCAUUAUUGUUGAUGAUUCUGUUUUACCAAUCAUCAUAGCACAGGUCCCAUCUAACAAUCAUACAACAGAUGUUCUACCUAUUGAUGAUUCGGAGAAAAGCAAUUGGCUCAUAUUCCACGAUACUGAAGAUGCGGGUAAAAUGUUAAGUAGUAAACUGCAGUCAGUUGGAGAUAAUGUCGUAUGUGAAGACUCUUCCACGUUAAAUCAAGACGUUGAAUUGCGGGUAACUGAAUAA